AUGAAUUUUGGUGAAAGUUAUUGCUCAUUUCACUGUUCUUGGUGUCAGCCAUUGCUGGAUUCACUCUCAAAAGAAAGUUGUUGGUAUCUCAAUUUUCAAUCUGUGGAUGAGUCUCAAUUCUACGACGAAACGUACUUUGCAUCUCCAAAAAAUAAAACUCCGAGGGUUUCUGGAAAACUUAAAGAGAAGCUUCUUCAGUUUGUCAAGACUCCUGAAGAUUUGGAUCGUCCCCGCAAAAGAGCCAUCAUACAUAUUUGUAGGAGAAUUAAAAAAAUAACCGGACAAGACAUUGAUCCAGAAUACAUCAGCAAAUUGUUGUAUGGAUUGAAAAGAGCAAGACGUGACAAGUUUCGAAAGAUUAAUCGAGAAAUUUUUCGUGGGCUGAACUGGGAUUUCACUCAAUUUGAAAAAUGCACUUUUAAGUGUGUGCUUAAUUAG